GUUUUCUUCUUAUUCCCUACUAUUUCAUUUUGACGGGCACAGAAAAAAAAUACAAGAAAGUGGUAUUAUAUAUUGAAUUAUAUAGAGAAAACGAAUUCGUGUGGUAAAAAAUAUUAUAAAUAAUUCAAGUAUAUAAUCACAAAAGUGUUAUUUAAUGUUUUGCAAAAAUUAUAAAAGGAAUUUUUAUGCAAAAGGUUGUAUGAUUAAAGUACAUGAGUCCGUGUGUUAAAGAAGAGACGGCUACAAAAUAAAAUUCCAAUUUCGUAUUGAUAACAUAAUGUCGAAGGCAAAGAAAUUAUCAUUGCCUGGCAGCAAUGAUGCACACGAAUUUUAUAAUUAUAAACCAAAGGAUUUAAUAUGGGCUAAAAUGAAAGGCUUUCCACCAUGGCCCUCUAUGAUUGUGGAACCCCCAUUGGAUUUAUUGCAUCAGCCACGUAAGGCUAACUCAAAAUGUGUGUUUUUCUUUGGUACUCGCAACUUCGCCUGGAUUGAAGCCAACAAUAUUAAACCGUUUGAGGGUCCCUGGAAGGAGCAACUGUCUAAAGUGAAUAAGCCAAAUUCGUUUCGUCAGGCUAUGGAAGAUAUAAAAAAUCAUAUCGAUGACCCUACGGAAAUUGACGCUGAAAUUAGUAAGAGUAUAGGCAUGAAUCAUGCGACAGAAGCCGACUUCGAUAAGAUACGCGAUGGCCUUAAUGAAGAAGAAGAUGACACUAAUGACGUCCCUGCUACUGCUCCAACUGUUGCUGCUGCUGUCAACACAUCAGCUGACAAUGGUUUAGGUGGCGGCUCAGUGUCUGGAAUAAAUGAUCACGAAGAUAUCGCUUACAAAACACCGGUUAAGCGUACGCCUAAAGCAAGGAGUACUAUCUCGACAAGCAGUAAAAUCAAAUUACCGCCAUCCACCGCCGCCUCCUCCACCGCCAAAUCGACUGCAAAACGCCGUCGUUCCUCACAAAAUCCCGGAGGUAAACGUAAACGCAACAAUUCAGCUAGUGUUUUAGACGAUUUUAUCGACUCAAGUUCACCGACGCCGCGGCGCAAAAUUAACACAGAAUCAUUGGCUCAUAUCGGGACUUCGUCCCGCCGCAACAUGAAUUCGAUUGCGUUACUCGAUCGUCCUGUGGUGUUACGCCCAGAAGCUCAGGCUAUUGAUAUGAAUGCACGCAGUCAGACAUUGGCCGAACGUGAUAUAACACCCUCGAAUUUGACAUUCGGUUUUCUCGGUUUGGGCAUAAUGGGUUCGACCAUUGUUAAAGAUUUGAUCUGUACAGGCCACAAAGUGGUUGUGUGGAAUCGGACUAUGUCUAAGUGCAAACCAUUCGAAGAAGCCGGUGCUUUAGUUAAGGACACACCAAUGGAUGUGGUUGAUGCCGCCGAUAUAAUAUUCUGUUGUGUUUCAGAUCCCAAAGCCUCAAAGGAUUUGGUAUUUGGUAACUGUGGUGUACUGCGAGCCACCGAUUUGUGCAACAAAGCCUAUGUGGAAAUGUCUACAAUAGAUCCGGAAACUUCACAAGAUAUUGCUGAGGGUAUAACACAAAGCAAUGGCCGAUAUUUAGAAGUGCAAAUACACGGCACCCGCCAAGAGGCUGAAGAUGGCAUGCUCAUCAUAUUGGCUGGCGGUGAUCGUACCGUAUUCGAAGAAUGUCAUUCCUGCUUUAAAACGAUUGCUAAGAACACUUUCUUUUUAGGAGCAGAAGUUGGCAAUGCCUGCAAAGUUAAUUUGAUACUUCAGACCAUAGUUGGUGUUAGUUUGGUUGGUUUAGCCGAAGCUUUAGCCUUGGCUGAUCGUUUCUCAAUCUCUUUAAAGGAUAUCAUUGACAUAUUCGAAUUGACUUCAAUGAAAUCGCAAUUAUUAUUAGCUAAAGGCAAAGAAAUGGCCAAAGGCGAUUUUAAUCCUCAACAACCGCUCAGUCACAUGCAAAAAGACUUGCGACUUGUUUUAAGCAUGGCCGAGAAUUUGGAUCAAUCGAUGCCAGUCACCGCAAUAACAAAUGAAGUUUUUAAACAUACCAAACGGCUGGGCUACAGUGAUCACGAUUCAAGCGCCGUCUUUAGAUUCUUAAAUGAACGGCGUCCAACCUUACCAACUGAAUGUCAGAAACGAAAAGACUACGAAGAAAUUGACAAAAACGAGACAUCAAAAUUUGCCGCGACUGCUACUACCAGUCCUAUACGUUCAAGUAACAUGCCCAACAGUAAGGCGAGAAAUAUGUCUUCAGUUACAAAAACGCCGAAUAGUCAUGUGGUGGCUAAAGAUAUUGAUGAUGACGACGAAGACUAUAAAAUUAAUGAUGGAAGCAAUGACGAUACUAUUGAAAAUAUUAACAACACUAACAGCAUUAGCAACAGUAAUUCUCUUUUGAAAUCGAAAAACAAAGAAGAAGAAAAGAAGAAACAAAUUGUAUGAAAAUAAAAUUAAAGAAACAACACAGCCUUUAUCAAUCGGAUGCUUGUGUGCGUUUGUAUUUGAAUAGUAAAUAUUUUCAAAUUUCAUUCAUACUUUCAUAAAAUGCACACCCUCCAUCUCUCAAAAAACAAGAGCAUGUUAUAUAAAUGUUUUUUGACAGUUGCCGAGCACUUCCCUUCGGACAUAUAACAAAUGUAUAUAUAUGUAUAUAUA